AUGAAAGAUGGAUUAAUCAUCUCGAGCAUGUCAGUCGAUCGACUAUUUGACGUCAAAAACUCCUUCUUUCUCGGACACUAUCAACAAUGUAUCUUGGAGGCACAAAAGCUCGUGACGAAGGUGGAAGAGGAAAAACUUGCCAAGGAUGUGUUUACAUAUCGAUCCUACAUCGCGCAAGGAAAAGCCUCCGUCGUUCUAAGUGAAAUUCCAGAACGAACUGAUAACCCAUCGUUGAAGGCUGUGCGGCGUUUGGCCGAAUAUCAGAACGCAGCCAACAAGAAACGAAUAGCGAAUCAAGUACAGACUGAAGUUUCUGAAGGGACCGCAGCGACCGAUGACACAUCAUGCAUUGUUGCGGCUCUUAUUCUGAACGAGGAGGGUAAUCCAGAGGACGCCAUGCGUAUUUUGGCUAAGAGUAGUUCGCUAGAGGCUCGAUCGGCUACUGUUUUUACUCUGCUGCAAAUGGAUCGUGUUGACCUAGCAGUCAAGGAAUUGAAGAAGAUGAAUGAAAUCGAUGAAGAUGCCACGUUGACACAGCUAGCCUUAGCGUGGGUGAAUAUGGCAGUGGGAAAGGAUAAACUAAAGGACGCAUACUACAUCUAUCAAGAAAUGAUGGACAAGUAUGGACAAAGUCCGCAGCUUCUCGUUGCACAGUCAGCUGUUCUGAUUCUUCAGGGCAAGUAUAAAGAUGCAGAAGCUCUGCUUCAUGAAGCUCAACUCAAAGAUGCAAACAACAGUGAAGCACUUGUGAAUCUUGUUGCAGUCAGUCAGUUCCUCGGGAGAGAUAAUGAGGUCAUAAAGCGAUACAUAUCCCAGCUGCGUGAUAUUGAUGGCAAACAUCCAUGGAUUGUGGACUUGGAAGCAAAAGAAGCUCUUUUUGAUGAACUUGUGUCGGCAUAAUGCAUGGAAUUUUGAAAGUUAAAUUAUGUCUAUCUGUGAUAUAACGUUGUCGUUUUUUUAAAGCAAUGGUCAAGGAUGUUUGCGUGGAUUUUUCGAGAUAUUAUUUAUUGUGCGGUUUUGGAAUAUCGGAUUUGUUAAUUAUUGAAUUCAGAUAAAAAUGUAAGAUAUGUU